GAAAAAUGUCGACAUUUUAUAUCAAUACACAGCACUCAGGGAAGCCACCCGCCACCCGGCCAGGCACCAGCACAGCAUCGGCCCUAGUGAUGUAAACAAACACGCCGUCCCCACUCUCCAGUGAACGCAUCCUAGAGGAACUGACACCAGACAGGUGAGCGGCCCAUACAUCAGCGCCCUAUCAGCAGACACACUUGUUCCUCACCCCUUGAGCUCAAGAUCUACCUGUUGUUUAACCGUUAUUAAGAGGACAAGAUGAGUGAGCCCUGCCCGGCGGGAGGAGUGAGUGAGAGUGCGGUAGCAGCUAUACUAAGAUGUGUCAACUUUUCGGCCAUCAAGCACAGGAAGCAGCGGAGGAAGGACCCCCAGCAGACACCCUACAUCAAUCACCCCAUAGGUGUGGCUUACCUACUGGUGGAGGCAGGAGUAAAGGAUGUGGAUGUACUGCAAGCAGCCCUCCUUCAUGACACAGUGGAAGACACUGACACUUCCCCCCAGGAGCUGCUAGAUGCCUUUGGACCGAGGGUGGCUGGGCUGGUGGCUGAGGUAACAGAUGACAAAAGUCUGCCCUCGAAAGAACGAAAGCGCCUUCAGAUUGUGCAUGCAGCGGAUGCUUCCCAUGAAGCCAAACUGGUAAAACUUGCCGACAAGCUGUACAACUUGCGUGACCUUGAGAGGUGUACACCUGUGGGAUGGACUGAUACUCGAGUGAAAGAGUACUUCAAGUGGGCAGCUCAGGUAGUGGCUGGCUGUCGAGGCACCAAUGCAUACCUGGAGGGAGAGCUAGACAAGUUGUUUAUGAAAUGGAACAAGGAACUUUGAUGAAGAACAAGAGAGCUGGAAGGGAAGAGGAAUGGAGCCAUUGCCGAGUGAAUUAUUAAGGCAAUUAUGUGGCACUUAGUACUGGAAGGAGAUAUGAAUGUUUUUAUUCUAACAAAAUGUAACAACAUAAAGAAGAGAAUCCUCAUUAACAAGUUACAGGAUCACUGAAUUUUGUACACUGUAACAGCAAACUACAUAGAUAGUGAUAAUUCAACACAACCCAGUUUGAUCAGUAUUUCAAAUGACAUGGAAGGUUAAAGGAAAUCUAAGACAUACUUUGAAAUUAUAAUACUGAGAGAGAGAGAGAGAGAGAGAGAGAGAGAGAGAGAGAGAGAGAGAGACUACCUAAAAUCUUGCAUUGUAACAUGUAACAGUGUGCCUUGAAAUAUGACUCAUGUGAGAACAGUACAACAUAACACAGUAGGUUCUUGCACUAUAAGUCUGGCACCAUGUUUUUAUUUGAAAUUAUUAAAACUGAGUUGGAAUUGUUUUUAA